UUAGCCUUAUGUCACGUCUCAUGUUUAUUAUCUUUUUUUUUUUUUCCAGGGUCCAAGAUGACAGAAAUGGGGCGUACAAACCAGCAAUUGUUCACCAGCAAUUUAUGGAGCACCACGGUGGUUCAAUCUGACCAGAAAUCUGAGAUCAUAACCGGACGUCCUUUUCGAGAGUGAAAAGGCAGCCGAGACAGUCCCGCUCGCACCAAAUCUGAUCGGACUAUUCUUCUGAAGGAGCAGUCCAGCCAGAUCAGCUCGAUCGAUAACAAGCAUAAACGUGCAUGUUGCAGGUGUGGCAGGAUCGCAAAAGUAAAUAACCGUCUGUAAUAUUUUCUCUCCCAGAGGGUGAACCUGUGCCAACACCUGUAUGAGCCAUGAGGGAAACACACGUGACCAAUUCAGCUCGGUCAAGCGGAAGUGUUCGAGGUAUAGUGACCAGUGCCUUACUCUGGUGGACCAUGGCUGGUUUCUUUUUGUCAUUUUCACAGAUGCCAGUGGCCCAAGCUGAUUGUUGGCUCAUUGAAGGCGAGAAGGGUUUCGUGUGGCUGGCAAUCUGCAGCCAGAACCAGCCACCAUACGAAGCAAUUCCACUACAUAUCAACAGCACUAUCGUUGAUCUACGGCUCAACGAAAACAAGAUCCGGAGCAUCCAUUUUUCUGCUCUAAGCCGCUUCAGCAACCUCACCUACCUGAACUUGACCAAGAACGACAUCUCCUACGUAGAAGAUGGGGCUUUCUCUGCUCAGUUCAAUUUGCAAGUACUGCAGAUCGGCUUUAACAAGCUAAGGAACUUAACGGAGGGUAUGCUGCGAGGCUUGGGGCGUCUGCAGUACCUCUACCUUCAAGCUAACCUGAUCGAGACCGUCUCACCUAACGCGUUCUGGGAGUGUCCUGCGAUUGAGAAUAUCGACCUCUCCAUGAACAGGAUUCAGCAGUUGGAUGGAAAUACAUUUCGUGGUCUAUCAAAGCUAACAACAUGCGAGCUCUACUCGAACCCUUUCACGUGCUCCUGCGAGUUACUCGGAUUCCUGCGCUGGUUAGUAGCAUUCCCUAACAGGACAAGUGAGAGGAUGGCAUGUGAUACACCAGCUGGCUUUUCCGGCUAUAGCCUCUUAAGCCAAAAUUCAAAGACGCCAACAUACCGGAAUGCUUUCCACGCUCUCUCGACAGUCUGCACGGAUGACAACGUGACCCCGUACCUGCUUGGAUCUUCAGACGGUGGCACCCCCACAAUCCUGCCAGAUCUGAGCCCUUGUGGACUGGACGACUGCCCUUCAGGGACACCUCCAGAUGAGCCUAUCAGUAUCAGCCCGACGUAUUUCGACCCAGAUGCCCGCCCAAUCAUGAAGCUUAAAGAGGUGACACACACAAGUGCAGUUAUCACAAUCCAAAUACCACACCCUUUCCGAAAGAUGUAUAUUCUUGUACUUUACAACAACAGCUUCUUUACAGAUAUACAGAACCUAAAAAGCCAAAGGGAAGAGAUCGAGUUGCUCAACCUUAAAUCCCAUACAAACUAUACAUACUGUGUGGCCUCCAUACGCAAUUCUCUAAGAUAUAACCACACAUGCUUGACCAUCUCCACUGUUACAAGGACAAUAAGAGAGCAUGUUCCAAACGACUCGACAGCUACUCACUAUAUCAUGACCAUACUGGGUUGCUUCUUUGGUAUGGUGAUCGUAUUGGGUUUGGUGUAUCACUGCCUGAGAAAACGUAAGCAAGAAGAUGAAUCAAAGAGCAAGAAGCUUGAGAAGAUGAAAAGGAAUUUGAUUGAGAUGAAAUACGGGGCUGAAAUGGAAGGUGGGACGAUGUCUCAGCUAUCACAGAAGCAAAUGAUGUCCGCCGUCGAGCCCAUACAAAGGAUGCCGUAUUUACCAGCUGCCAGUGAGAAAGACCCAUAUAAGGUACAGGAACUAUCCGGGACACCCAAAACAGCAAAAGGGAAUUAUAUAGAAGUGAGGUCAGACCAGUCAGAUCGCAUCGAAUGCAACAUUCCGCCAUCCGAGAACAGCCAAGGAUCUGUGGCGGAAAUAUCCACAAUAGCCAAGGAAGUGGACAAAGUGAAUCAGAUUAUUAACAACUGCAUCGAUGCACUUAAAUCCGAAUCAGCAUCCUUCCAGGCGGUAAAAUCCGGAGCCGUCUCAACCGCCGAGCCUCAGUUGGUUCUUAUAUCCGAGCACCCGCCGGGCAAGUCCGGUCUUCUGUCACCAGUGUAUAAAGGAGGAUACCACCACCCGCUACAGAGGCAUCAUAGCAUGGAAGCGCCACUUAAGCGUGCCAGCACAUCAUCGAGCGGAUCUUUGCGCAGCCCGCGAUCUUUCCGUUCGGACGGUGCCUAUCGAUCAGAGUCCAAGUACAUUGAGAAAACUUCUCUGGAUGAGUCCGGGAUUCUGACAGUCACCCCAACUUCUGCAAUACUUAAGUCGGAGGCAGAGAGAAUGCGACACUACACGGAGCACCGGCACUCCUACCCCGGCCCACACCACAUGGAGGAGCAACUGGAGGUUUCUGCAAGCAGGAAGUCGUCCAUCUUGGAGCCGCUAACACGUUCUCGGCCACAUGAGCUGUCGUAUUCGCAGCUUUCACCACAGUAUCACAACCUCAGCGGUUACUCCAGCCCAGAGUACACCUGCCGGCCAUCGCUUAGUCUAUGGGAACGGUUCAAACUCCACCGCAAACGCCACAGGGAUGAAGAGGAGUACAUGGCUGCUGGUCACGCAUUACGGAGAAAAGUACAGUUUGCUAAAGACGAGGACCUCCACGACAUCCUCGACUACUGGAAGGGUGUGUCUGCCCAACAGAAAUUAUGAUUGCUUAUUUUAUUUUAGUGUUUAUUUAAAAAAGUGGCUAAAUCAAACCACACUUCACUCUCUGGACCAAAUAAAGCCAGUCUUCAUUAAAGCUGCAGUAAGUAACUUUCUGGGAUGUAGGGAUUUGGACUUAGCUCUGGUAGGAAAACGUCGCUGCAAGAAAAUCAGUGAAGAACACUUAUGUUGCACCCAGAGUGUGCGUCAAAUCAACGCUCAUUUAAACCCUAUUCAAGAGUUCAAAUCUUCAGAAACAAAAUGUCCUCUGGGGAUAUAAUCUAGAACGACAAUACUGUAGCUGCUAUUAUCCUAGCCUCUGAAUUAUUACAGAAGGUUAUUGUGCAGUAAAGGAGUACAACGUAUAGGAGACGGUAUCUGGAUAAUUAGCAAAGAAGAAGCAAGCACGUUAACAUUGCAACAUGAGCAAGAAAACUAGCCAGCUAGCUAGCUAGAUUUACAAAAGAGAAAACACCAUUCGUGAACUAGCCAAAUAACAUUGCAACACUGCUAGCUAGCUAACUUCAAAACUGGGUAAUACGGGUUAGAUUACUGAGCUCUCAUGACUUUUAAAGAGCCACGCCGACAUUCAUCCACGUUGUGGAAAUUCUAGCUAAUAUUGCCCAGUCGUUUCAGCUAGCUAGCUGUGCUGCUUUUACUAUUACCGGCUAUUUGACUCGAGGCUAGCGUAUCCAUGUCAUGGAAUUUUAGCAGCGACCGAGUUGCAGCAGUGCAGAA